AUGGAAACGAAGCUAAAGAGACCGGCAUUUCAGCCUUAUAUUCCUGUUCACCGACGCAAUCAAGUAGAGAAAGCUACUGUGCCAUCACCACCACCGUCAGCUCGAGCAUCGCCCAAGGAGGAUACCGAAGUAAAGCGACGUGGAAGAGGUCAAUUCAGAGCUCCUCUGAAUGAAGACAAUGAAGUCAUUUCAAAUAACAGCAGAAUCUUGAGAGAAGAACCCAAGACGUCCAAUAAUGAUACUAUCGAGAAAUUGACCGAGAAAGUCAAGAAUUUAGCGAUCGAGACGCCUGACGACAAAGAUGAUUGGGAAGAAGAGUGGGAGGCAUCAGCCGAUCAUUUCAAAGUGAAAGCGAAAAUACAGACACCAGCCAAGCCAAAACCAAAAGAGUCAGCAAUACCCAUCAAUGAUGAAGAGUUGACGACCACACUUGACUGUUAUGAUUUUCCAAGCUCUUUCAAAACGCAUCAUUUGCAAGAUAUGUUUAGAGAAUAUGAAUCAAUGAGAGGUGGAUACAGUAUAAAAUGGGUUGAUGAUACCAGAGCAUUGAUUGUCUUUGAGCAUCCAAACACAGCAAAAAAAGCUUACAUAGAUCACAUAAAUAGCCCAAUCAUCAAGAUUCGACCUUACAAAGGUCGAGUGGAGAUCAAGCCAUCUGGGCCUAUUCCACGUCGACCUGUAACAACUGAUAUGGUUGCUAAACGAUUAGUGCAUAGUGCUUUAGGGGUGAGAUCAACGAAGACAGCGGAACAACGACAAGCCGAGAAAGAGUUGCUGAAAGCAGCAAAAGAACAACGACUCGCACAAAAGGCAAAUAAUGCAGCGAGAGAAAAGCAAAUUGCUAGUGCAUUUGAUGAAUAG